AUGUCUCUUGCUCGUGCCAUGACCAGGCGCAUUAAGCGGACUGACGACCCGAAGGAGUCUCCGGUAUCACCAACUCGUAGCCAGAGCGUCAAAGUCCCCAACAACUUUGACCGUUCGAAAAUAUCUCUUCCUAUCGCCCUGGUAUCCACUACCAACAUGCUUUCGUACAACGCCCCCGACAUCUCGACCCUAAGGAAUGUUUCUUCAUCAACCUCUCUGAGCCACUCUUCGGCAGACGACUCGGACCACAGUGUGUCAACACGCUCCCGAGCCUCUUCCCAUGGAUCAAGGGACACUACCCUUACGGAUGCCUCUUCCGUGGAGUCUUCGCCCAGCUCGCCUGCGCCCAACCACCUUUCUGGCUACUUUUCCGCCGCUGGCAAGCAACUCAAGAAGUCUGCGUCAACCACCAGUCUCAAGCAAGUCAAGGAGGAGCCAGUAGAGGCUGUGCCUGCUAUUCCUCAAAGGGCUCUCUCGCACAGCAAACGCGCACACGAGCGACUGGCGCACAAGCGAUCUCUCCAGAACGUCGGUACCCGUGGCAGUGUGAACUCGCGUGGAAGCGUUGGUUCUGCACGUCACUCUCGCGAGCAGCGAUCUUCACUUGACAUGUUCAAAGGCACGAUUGAAGAAGAGAGUCACCCCUUUGGCCGCGAACUGGAGCAACUCAACGAGGUUGUUGAGGAAUUCGGCGGCGUAGUACGAGAUGCAGAGGCCGAGGCUGACUUUUCGGUUAUGCGCUCAAAGAACCUCGCGUCUUUCUGUGCUGCCGACUACCUCUCAGAGAUCCGACCACUUUUCAGCCAUCGGUUCGGCGUCCCGCACCAAGCUCCUCCCAUGGCUUGGAUCUGA